GGAAUGAAAUGGGGUGUGGAGACAGGCGUCAGCGUUCUGGAGGCCGCGCUGAGCGAGGAAGUGACUCCGCGGCUGGAGAGCAGAGCUCAGAGCUGUAGACGCGCCGUCAGGACACGGUCGUGAUUUCUCAUCAUUAGUGUGUUUUUUAGCUCUCACCUGUGGAGUGGACAUCAGUGCCAGCGCGCGCUGGGUUAAUCUGGGUCACAGGUGAGCGGCUUCUGCUGGUCAGGAGGAGCUUUUUGACGCACUUUGGUCGAGCAGGCUGGACGUGGCUGCUGAGAAGGUGUUGUUUUCUCUUUCCUGGUUGGAUUGGGUGUCGAGCUGUGAUGGAAUGACAACGGAUUGAAACAGGUGAUCUGUGAUGCCGUGUGUGGAGGCGAAGCUGCUGUGUGCCUGCAAGUGUUACAAUGAGCUUCCCAGAAAGCAGAAAAUUGGCCUACCUGGACGAGGCCACCUACGCUCUCCAGAUAUACCCGAGACUGUCCCUCAAAACGGCCCAGUGCUGCACCCUCAGGGUCCACAAGGAGGCCACUGCGGCCAGUGUCCUCCAGAAUGCUGGGGUCACACUGGGCCUGGACAUGUCCAAGACUUACCAGCUGGUGGAGGUCAGGGAGACUGGAGGGGAGGAGUGGGUCCUUCAAGCUAGCGACCGUCCGGUCGAGAGGGUGCUGCUUUGGCCGAGGAAGGUCCAAGACCAGCAUCUGCAAAUCCACGGGUAUUAUUUCGCCCUCCAGUCGGGCGUUCCCGAUGGUCCGAGCCAGCCCGAGCACGCGCCGGCCGUCCGCAGCUUUCUGAAGCCCCAGUCUGAGGACUGUAACGAUCUUUGCAGCCUGCCCGUGCUGACCGAGAAGAACAUCCUGGAGACCCUUCAGCGCCGCUUCCUCAAGAACAAGAUCUACACCUACGCCAAUAACAUCCUCAUAGCCGUCAACCCCUUCAAAUUCCUGCCCAUCUACAACCCCAAGUACGUGGAGAUGUACGAGAACCACACGCUGGGCAGGUUGGACCCGCACAUCUUCGCCAUUGCCGACGCCGCCUUCCGCGCCAUGCUGAACAAGCGCCUCAACCAGUGCAUCGUCAUCUCCGGAGAAAGCGGCUCAGGGAAGACGCAGAGCACCAACUUCCUGAUCCACUGCCUGACCGCCUUCAGCCGCAAGGGCUGCACCAGCGGCGUGGAGAGGACCAUCCUGGGAGCCGGGCCGGUGCUGGAGGCCUUCGGAAACGCGAAAACGGCCUACAACAACAACUCCAGCCGCUUCGGGAAGUUUAUCCAGGUGAACUUUUUGGAGGGUGGUGUCGUCAGAGGAGCUACGAUAGAGAAGUACCUGCUGGAGAAGUGUCGCCUGGUGUCGAGGAAGAGCUGCGAAAGGAACUACCACGUCUUUUACUACCUGCUGGUUGGAGCGUCUGAGGAAGAGCGAGAAGAGUUCAAGCUGCUGGAGCCAGAAGAUUAUCACUACCUCAAACAGGAUAACCCUCAUUUGGAGGAUCAAGCAGAAAUCCAGUAUGAAUUUAAGAGGCUUCAUCAGGCCAUGGAGAUGGUGGGCUUUUUGCCCGCAACCAAGAAACAGAUCUUCUCCGUACUGUCUGCCAUUCUGUACCUGGGGAACCUGACGUACAAGGCGAAGGCUGACGGCGAGGGUCUGACGGUGGGACCUGCGGACGUCCUGUCCACUCUCUCUGACCUCCUCAAGGUGAAGAAGGAGCUGCUGGUGGAGGCGCUGACCAAGAGGAGAGCCAUGACCGCCAACGACGUCCUGAUCCUUCCGUACACGCACAGCGAGGCGAUCACAGCCCGAGACUCCAUGGCUAAGUCUCUGUACAGCUCACUGUUCGACUGGAUCGUCCUGCGCAUCAACCACGCUCUGCUGAACAAGAGGGACAUGGAGGAGUCCGUCCCGUGUCUGUCCAUAGGAGUCCUGGACAUAUUUGGAUUUGAGGACUUCAGGACGAACAGCUUUGAGCAGUUCUGCAUUAACUACGCCAACGAGCAGCUGCAGCACUACUGCAAUCAGCACAUAUUCAGACUGGAGCAGGAGGAGUACGUGUCGGAGGGGAUCACCUGGAGCAACGUGGACUACACUGAUAACAUCGGCUGCAUUAACCUGAUCAGCAAGAAGCCCACUGGCCUGCUGUACCUGCUGGACGAGGAGAGCAGUUUUCCUCACGCCACAGACGACACCCUGCUGGAGAAGUUCAAGCAGCAGCAUCAGGAGAACCAGUUCUUCGUGCCCACGCCGGUCAUGGAGCCGGCUUUCGUCAUCCUCCACUACGCCGGCAAGGUCAAAUACCAGAUAAAGGACUUCAGGGCGAAGAACACUGACCACAUGCGGCCGGACAUGGUGGCUUUGCUGCGCAGCAGUGAGCGGGGCUACCUGAGGCAGCUGAUUGGCUCAGAUCCUGUGGCCGUGUUCCGCUGGGGCAUCCUGCGAGCCGUCGUACGGACAGUGGCCACUUUUAAAGAGGCCGGCCACCGCCGGGCCGCAGAACACCCAGACUCCAUCAGGCGCUAUUCCCGACAUUCCCUGAGGGAAAUGAAGACACCUACUUCAGCCAUUGGCAGAUUGAUGAGUCAGCGCUCUCUCAUCGACUUCUCCUUCGACCGCUCUGAGGAGAACCCUCUGGAGGUGUUCGAGGACAUCUUCGCUACGUUCGAGAGUAAAAAGGAAUUGCAUGCCAAAGUCCUGUGCGCCAUUAAGCGGUUAGGUGGUGAAGUUCCUCAAAAGCUCCGUCUGUCCACCAUUUCUGUGAGGAAGUUACGGCAGUUCUCUCAGAAGAACCGGGCUAACAAACACAAGCAGCUCAUUCCUAAGAACCUGAUCGACUCUCGCUCUCUGAAGCUCAUUGUGGAUCUCAACCUGCAUAAUCGAGACACCAGGUCUCUUCUGCACCUUCACAAGAAGAAGAAGCCUCCCAGCAUCAGCGCCCAGUUUCAGACGUCUCUGGUCAGGCUGCUGGACACGCUGAAGAAAGCAGAGCCGUUCUUCGUCCGCUGCAUCAGGUCCAACGCGGAGAAGAGGGAAAUGCAGUUUGAUGAAGAUCUCGUCCUUAAGCAGAUGAGGUACACAGGUAUGUUGGAGACGGUUCGCAUCAAGAGGUCCGGAUACGGAGCCAAGUACACCUUCAAGGAGUUCACAGAUGAGUUUAGGGUUCUGCUGCCGAAAAAUCCCUCCACACCCCAGAAGGACAUCACUAACCUGCUGCGCAAAACCGGCCUAGACGACUCCAGCUUCCAGAUCGGCAAGACCAAGGUGUUUCUGAAGGAGGUGGACAGACAGAAGCUCCAGGAAACCCUCUACAGGGAAGUGAUGCGCCGUAUCCUCAUCCUGCAGAGAUGGUUCCGUGCCUGUCUGACGAGGAAACACUUCCUGAUGAAGCGGAAGGCCAUCAUAACCCUGCAGCGGUCCUGGCGUGGUUACUGUGAGUCGACGCGCUGCAGGGCAGCCUCAGUGAUCCAGAUGGCCUGGAGAGAGUCUCAUCGGAGAACCGAGUAUCUCCGCCAGAGAGAGAGCCUCCGAAAGCUGCAGCAGCUGCAGAAGACCGCCGAACGCAGGAGGCGUGCAGAGGACGCCAAGCUGAGAGAGGCGGAAGCCGCUAAGGGCAGCCCAGGGAUGGGAGAGAGGAAGGAGGAGGUAACGCUGCCCCCUGGUGGUAAAACAAAGCCUCUGCCCUCACUGCCCAACCAGACCGUCUCACCAGGUAACAAGAGCGUGGAGGAGAACAGCAGCCAUGUCUCCGCCAGCACUGAGGAUCCUUCAGGGAAAUUCAAUGGUCAAGAACAAGUUAGCAUGCAGAGACAGAGGGAGAGAGGAGAGAAAGAGAGGAGAGAUAAAGAGAACGAGUCUCCCUCUCCAGCCCCAACUCGUCAGGGCACUCUAGAUCUGAACAGUGGCCCGAAGUUGGCCCAGCCCAUUCAGGACGAGGCCUCCAACACAGCACCUCUGCAGCGCUACUCCAAACCGUCCACCAUGAAGGAGAAGGUGGAGAAGUGGAAGGAGAGACGGAGCGAGAUUUUGCUGCCUGACAGAUCCGGUUUGAAGGACCAAAAAAGCUUAAAGAGUCGAGGGAUCUCCAUGUCUUUGGAGAACCUGUCCAAGUUCAGCUCCUCUGAGUCAGACAAUUCCUCUCCGUCUAAGAACGAGAUGCCUUUAGAACCAGACGGCUCAAAGAUCAGUAAGAGAGGCAGCUUGGUGCUGCCCAGUCAGGUCACUCCAGAGAAAACUACAUUCUUUGCCAAGUUUUUACCGAAAGGCCAAAAGAAGCGUCUGACGCCUCAGGAUGGGAGCGUUACCAUGGCGAGGACGCUCGCUGAGAGAGAUGAACGAGGCGAGUAUGGAAGCCCCCACUCGUACUAUCCCAAUCCCACCACUGUGUCCACUCUGCCCAACCGCAAACGCCGUAACCCCACCAUCCGGAUCAGCCGGGGGACGCGCGUCCAGGACCAGUGGGACGCCUUUCUGGACCGACAGAUAACGGACUCCGACGAGCUGCGCCACCUGGACGAGUAUCUGGGAAAUCAGAUGAAUGAUCUCCAUUCACAAGCGAAGGUUCGCUCAGAGACAGAAGAGAUCUUCCUCAAAGCUACCACGCAGUUCAGAGACACCAUCAAAAGCAUGUACUCCGUCUCCAACCCCCAGGUUAGCUACAAAGGGCUGCUGCAGGGUUACAAGAGCAAAGUGACCAGCCUGGCCGGGCAGAAGAAGAAGGACGAAGUGCCCAUGGUGGUGAACCUGUUCCAGUCUGUUUUGGAUAACUUUAUCAGGGGUGAGAUCAGAAAAGCCUCUUUAGAAAGAGCCUCCUCAGAUCCUGCGAAGCCCACGAAAAAGAUCAAGAGGACAAACGAUAAAUGUCCGGACAGUCCGCUGGACCACUCCUUCAGCACCUAUCAGGUGAACAUCUACCAGUCGUGCGACCUGUGCAACUCUUUCAUCUGGGGGAUGGAGAAGGCCUGCAUGUGCAGCUCCUGUAAGAUGGUGUGCCAUAAGAAGUGUCUCAGUAAAAUAGUCACGUUCUGCUCUAAACACGUCUACAGGAAGAUCGAGUCAGGUAAAAGCGCUGCCCAUUUUGGCGUGCACGUGGGCUCUCUGACCACCAAUCAGACGCCAGUGCCGGUUGUCAUGGAGAUGAUGCUGUCCUAUGUGGAGCUGCAUGGGCUUUACACUGAGGGCAUCUACCGCAAGUCCGGAUCAGCCUGCAAGGCCAAAGAGCUCCAUCAGCUGCUGGAGACCGAUCCCAAGAGUGAGUGUCUCAAUAACUACCCCAUUCACACGGUCACUGGCCUGAUUAAAUGCUGGUUACGGGAGUUACCAGAACCCCUCAUGACUUUCAGCCUCUACAAUGACUUCCUGUACGCUGUUGACCUGCCAGAGAAAUCUGAGAGGCUGCGAGCCAUCUACAGAAAAGUCGAGGAACUUCCUGCUCCAAACUACAACACGCUCGAGCGGCUCAUCUUUCACCUGGUCAGAGUGGCGAAGGAAGAAGCUCAUAACCGAAUGUCUGCGAACUCUCUGGCCAUUGUGUUUGCUCCAUGUGUUCUACGCUGCCCAGACACAUCUGACCCGUUACUGAGCAUGAAGGACCUGCCCAGGACCACGCUGUGUUUGGAGAUUCUGAUUAUGGAGCAGACCAAACGGUACGAGGAGAAGAUGAAGGAGAUCCAGCAGCUGGAGCACGCCGAGGCACUGGCCAUCAAACAGCUCACACUGCAGAGGAAGAACACGAUUCUGGAGAACCCGAUGAGUGAACUGGACUCGUCUCCCAUGGACGGUUCAGACACAGAGGCGGAGAAGACCCUGAGAGAGCGGAUUAGAUCUAUAAAGCAGGUGAAGGUUAAUCUGGCCCGCAGGCUGCCCGAGCUCGACCAGGACGCUUCAGACAACGAGACGCUGGACACGGAGUCCAUGAUCAGCUUGGAGAGCUCACUGGAGGACCACUUUUUAAGCCCGGUCUUGGAAGGCCAGAAGAGCGCGGCUUUACAGAGCGGGAGGCCAGAGGGACCUUCGGAAACGAGCAGGAUGGACACCGAAGAGGAGAAGCAAGAACACGGACAGGGAGAGCGCUUCACGUCUGCCGACCAGAGCCGAGUCCGGCCGCUAUCGUCUGUCCACUCUGCAAUUAAGCAGGAUUCAAGCUCCAAAAUCAGCGGGAACUUCUCCGACCUUGACAUCCCGUUCAUAGACGAGGAUCUUUAACCCAGAGUACUAACACUGAGCCUUAAAGGGCCGAUUCAGUGGAAAACUGAACUUUCUCACUGUUUCUUAAAUUAUACAUAUUCCUAAAGUAUCAAAAUGGACCAUCAUAUAUAGAAACUAAGCUGCCUGUUUUCAGUUUCACACUGACGUCAUUAGGACCACUUCCCAACAGGGCAACCAAUCAGAGUGGAGCUCAUUUACAUAUAGUCUUCUGCAAAAGUUUAGGCCCCCCAGUCAAAUGUUUUUGUGCAUGUUGUUGAUUUUCUGUGCAAAAAUAAGUGAACCCAUCUUCUACAGAGACACACAUCAGCACAUUUUAAUGCACAACUACUGUUUACUGGUUUUAACAAAUUUGGGAGAAAAACUAAAGCAUAAAAUAUGAAUUUUACACAUUUUGCUUCAUUUUUUUCCAGUAUGUUUACCUCAGCAUUAAAGUAAAUAGAAAUUGUGCACUAAAAUUAGCUAGAAAUGUCAUAUUUAAGUAGAGGAUGUGUUUACUUAACAAUAAGACUGUAUAUAAAGGUGCAGUAACAGAAACAGCCUGUUUAUUUUCUAAAAAAGAUCGCCGUAAAAAUGAGUUACGACUGUUUUUGGGUACAAAAACUCACACAAAACAUUAGAAGUGGAUCGACAUAUAAAACAGGACGUUUAAACAUGGGAGAAAUGCAGGAUAUGGGGCCUUAAAGGAGAAGCCAUGCUCCUGCUAAAGUAAUAUAAGGAUAGAAAAUCACAUUGCAUCUGUUUUACCCUAGGUGGCGCUGUCGGGGGAAAGCGAGAAGGCCAUUUGAAGUCAGGUUGCGUUGGGGGAAGCCGUGUAACAGUGCACCAUUUUGCAAUCAUAGAUUUUGUAAGCAGAUCGCAGAAUCAGGGGAUUUUGUAAUACUUGCCUUUCUUAGUUUAACACUGUGUCUUUACUAACUCCCACUAAACAAGCAUGGACUGUAUUCAGAAUAUAAUAAUGUAACCUGUAUUAUCGACGAAUGGACUUACUGCCUUAAUAUUCACCUUAUUUUGUUCCCUCUUCAGUGAAAAGGGAAGCACGUGGGAGAGAUGCAGAUCAGACACGAGGCAUUUUUGCAGCAUUACAAUAAUUGCAGUCGCUGGUCUUGGAGCCAAACUGCGAAUCAGGGAAACAAUACUGUACAUAGAUGUGAAAAAAGUCCAUUUAUAAAAUAAUUACGAGAUGAUUAGAGACUUUAGUAGAUUCCUGCAUCACAGCCUGUGUUCUCAGGCACACUGUCACAUUAUUUACGUAUUCAAAUUAUUGUAAAUAGCUGUAUUUUUUAAAGCUGUGAUUGUAAGUCACCUGUUUAUAGGCUCUGCUCUGCAUGCAUGCUUGAAAUGUUCUGAAGUCUGCGUCGUUAGUUCUUAAUCUCUGAUAGUAGAUAAUAGAUAGUCAUGUUCCCGUUUGUUAAUACCGAAUGUUCUCACUUAAUGAUUUAACCCGGAGCCUCUUCUGCGCGACCUGCCGUUCAUGUUUGAAGUGGAUGACCAUUAAUGUGCUGAUGUUUCAUUAAAACAGUGAUCCUGUCACCCAGAAAAGUUGCUUUUUGUUGUUUUGUGGGAAAUAAAACCAAACUGCCACAA